AUGGGCGGCGCCCGGGAUGUGCGCUGGGUAGCGGCAGGCCUGGUCCUCGGGGUCGGCGCCUGCUACUGCAUUUACCGGCUGACACGGGGUCAGCGGCGAGGCGGCCACGGGGCUCGGCUGCGCCCCUCUCCGUCUGCAGAAGACUUAACAAAUUGUUCAUAUGAUGAUGUUCUGAAUGCUGAACAACUUCAAAAACUCCUUUACCUGCUUGAGGCAACUGAGGAUCCUGCGAUUAUUGAGAGAGCUUUGGUCACUGUGGGUAACAGUGCAGCCUUUUCAGUUAACCAAGCCAUUAUUCGUGAAUUGGGUGGUAUUCCAAUUGUUGGGAGCAUGAUCAUCAAUCCCAAUGAGAAUAUUAAAGAGAAAGCCUUAAAUGCACUGAAUAACCUGAGUGUGAAUGUUGAAAAUCAGGAAAUAAUAAAGAAAUACGUCAAACAAGUCUGUGAGGAUGUCUUCUCAGACCACUUGAACUCUGCUGUGCAGAUGGCCGGACUGAGAUUGUUAACAAACAUGACUGUUACCAAUGACCACCAGCAUAUGUUUAGCCGUUACAUUGCCGACUUCUUCCGUAUAUUGCUUAAGGGAAAUGGAAACACCAAGGUUCAAGUUUUAAAACUGCUUUUGAAUUUGUCUGAAAACCCAGCCAUGGCAGAAGGACUAUUCAGUACCCACGUGCAUCCAUCGUUCCUUUCUCUUUAUGAUGGCCGCAUGGCAAAGGAGAUUCUUCUUCGAGUACUUACACUAUUCCAGAAUUUACAUAACUGUGUCAAAAUAGAUGAUGGUUUAGUUCUUAGGUCUUCUGCCAUCUUUCAUAAAGAUUCAUUGUUUUUCUUGUUAUAUGGACAAGAAUGUGCCCAGAGAAUGAGAGCUUUAGCUCAUCACCCUGAUGUGGAUGUGAAGGAAAAAGUUUUACUAAUAACGUAA